GUGGACUAGGACGCGUCGAUCGUCGCAGUCUCCAUCUCUCACAUCACGAGCUAUCUCGAGCUCGAAUUAAUCCACCACCUAGCUACUCAAGUUCCAGCUCUAGUCUCGCUUGCCGCUCAGAGAGAGAUGGAAGCGUACGCGGCAAUGCCGUCGCCACAGACGAUAGCCAUGGGCGUCGACAAGCUCAGCUACAAGAUCUUCUCCCUGCUGGAGAGCAAGUUUCUAUUCCGCGCUGGUGGCGGGGGUCUGUCGGGCCCCGGGACUCCGGCACGGGGGUUUCUUGGUGAUGGUGGCCGCGUGCGGGUGCUGGCCAUCGACGGCUGCGGCGCGGGCGCUGAGGAUGCGCUCCUGGCCGCGGCGGCGCUCGCAAGGCUCGAGGCCAGGCUGCGCGAGUGUACGGGUGAUCCCGAGGCGCGCGUCGCGGACUUCUUCGACUUGGCGGCCGGCGCCGGUGCUGGAGGCGUGCUCGCAGCGAUGCUGUUCCUGAGGGGACCCGAAGGGCGGCCGCGGUACACGGCCGAGGAGGCGCUCGCGUUCGUGGCCGGGAGCGUCGGGAAGGGGAGGGACUGGGGCGGUCGGCGCGGGCGGUGGGCAAAGCUGUUCCGCGGCGCGCGGAGCGGGGAGCGGUCUCUCCGGCGGGUGUUCGGCGACGCAACGCUCAGGGACACCGUCGCGCCGCUGCUCGUGGCGUGCUACGACCUCACCACGGCCGCGCCCUUCAUGUUCUCGCGCGCCGACGCCGUCGAGAGCGACAGCUUCAACUUCCGCCUCCGCGACGUCUGCGCCGCCUCCUGCGCCGCGAGCGGCGCGCCCUCAGACGUCAGGUCCGUCGACGGACUCACUACCAUCGCGGCGGCGUCCGGGGGAGUGGCGGCCAUGGGCAACCCGGCCGCCGCGGCCAUCACGCACGUUCUCUACAACAAGCAGGAGUUCCCCCUCGCCACUGGUGUCGACGACAUCCUGGUCCUCUCAAUUGGCACCGGCACCUCCGCCACCGUCUCCAGCGGGUUGAAUACGCCGAUGGCCACAAGGUCACCGUCGCCGCGGGACCUGGCACGCGUUACCGCCGAGGGCGUGGCAGACAUGGUGGGCGAAGCGGUGGCCAUGGCUUUCGGGUACACGUGCGGAAGCAACUACGUCCGCAUCCAGGCCGGCAAGGCACCGACCCUCCUCCACGCGGAGUCGGCGGCCGCGGCCGCCGGAGCGAUGCUGGCACAGCGGAACGUGGAGUCGGUGCUGUUCCGCGGGCGGAGGCUGUCCGAGCGGACGAACGCCGAGAAGGUGGACGCGCUCGCUGCGGAGCUGGUGAAGGAGCAGGAGCGACGAAGGCGCAGCCCGCUCCCGAACGUGGCCAUGAAGCAGGUUGCCACGCCGCGGCUAUCGUCUGCGACCACCGCGUCGUCGGUCACGGCCACGGCGAGGACCACGUCGACGAUGCCAUCGCCGGUGUCAUGCGAUUCUUCCCGGUAGUUGAGUUUAUUAGGAUCUUGUGUACAUGCAUGUCUCUGACAUGCAGGCUAGGAGUGAUGUGUUCUUUACUUCUUUCCGAUAACGAGCCACUGACGCGUGGAGCGCAAGUAUGGAAAUGGAAUUUCGUUUUACGGGAAUUGAGCGAGCGUGACUCUUUUCGAACACGAAUGCUUCUUUCUCAGUCGACAUCCGAUAUACCCUGCUGUAAUUCAUGUUACCAGAGGUCAGGACCUCUCCGUCUCUCUCGAUAAGGCCGACUUCGGCAUCCGCCGGUGUGCCGGCCGCAUUUGCGGAUCGGCUACCGUAUCCUUGAGCAGCUACCGUAUAUACUGUUAUAGUGUUGCGGAUAGAGUGAUGCAGCUACUUCAAAUUUAUUAAUUAUCUUUUCUAUA